AUGGCAAGUGGGGGUCUUCCCGCGGGGCCCAGGUCAGGGUGGGCGACCCUGAGCAGCGUGCAGCAGGACCAGCUGUGGAGGGAGCGGCUGCAGGCCGAGAGGCAGAGCCAGAGGCGCUGGGCUCAGAAUUGGAGCUUCCUGAGAGAUUUCGACCCCCUGGGUAACAGGAAAGAGCCGGUGCAGCUGCCCGAGCACGUGCCUCUCUUCUCGGACACGGUCCCCAAUGCCUCGAGCCAGGUGGUGGGCAGCAGGCUGGACACGGCCCUGGGCCGGGCCCUCACCCGCAUGGACCUGCUCUUCGCGGAGGGGACACGGAAGAAGAAGCUGGACGAGGAGCUGCAGCCCGUGUAGGGAAGGACGCACAUCUCAACUUUCAUGCAGUCACACUGACCACGGGCCCGGGAAGAACCCACAUGACUGCAGCUGCUUCCAGUGCCAGCAAGGCAGCCGGGCCCAGGCUGUGACUCGAGACUCCAACCCUUAGGGGCUCCCUUGGCCAAUUUGGGACAUCAGAAUGAUGCUCAGAGGAGGAUUCCUCCACGGCUUGAAGCCAGUCUCACAUGCUGGGGGAAAAGGCAGCUGAGAUAGAGAGGGACCACCACGCAAGGGAUGCUUGGAGAGCCCGCUCGGGAUGGGAGAUGCGUGCUGCAAGUAGAGUGUA